CUCAAAUCGCGCUUAUCAUCACAAACAUGGACUGUCCGUACUAGUACUAUAGUUACACCCUAUACUCGAUACACCCAGCACAGCCCACAGGGCGCCCCGUUGUUGCGGUAUAUAGAUACGGCACACACGCUUUGCAGCACCUGACUGCUUUUACCUCAUGAACAACACCAACGUUGAGAGCAAGGGCAUCAUGUUCAAGAUCAAACCAAACACCAUUCCUGCGACAGCCAUCCAACGACCGGAACUGUUUCCUAUUUGUUCAGGAGGGUUUAACGAUAUCUGGAAAUGUUUUAUGUCUACACAAUCUGAGAAUCGUCCUGUCGCGAUUAAAGCCGUCAGGGUCCCUCAACAUGCGGAUAGAGAACCACAAGUAGUACGGACAUUUGGCCAGAGGAUUUCUCACGAGGCCUACGUUUGGAUUCAAUUGUCGCACGAAAGCAUUCUUCCUUUUGAGGGUGUUACCGAGGGAUUUGGGCCACUUCCCGCGUUAGUCACUCCAUGGAUGGAAAAUGGAUCACUAAACGACUAUCUGAGACGGGAAGUCAAUCUUUCGAGGGAGAAGAAGUUGACAAUGGUUAGGGAGGUAGCAGCUGGGCUUCGGUAUCUACAUGACAAGGAUAUUGUCCACGGUGACCUUACUGGUACCAAUAUCCUGGUCAGCGGUGAUGGGACGCUCCAUAUCGGGGACUUCAGUCUAUCGACGAUCCUGGCAGAAUCAGAUCAUAACUCUUAUCACGUAGGCAAUGUCCGCUGGAUGGCGCCGGAGGUAAUCACUAUGGACGACAUCAAACCAACCAAGGCCUGCGAUAUUUACUCUUAUGGCUGUAUCAUGAUGCAGGUAUUUUCUGGACGUCAGCCUUAUCACAAUAUAAGGAACUCUAUUGCUGUUAUGGGGGCGAAGAUGCGGGGGAUUGAACCGUUCUCCCAGUUGACUGGUGUCGACGAAGACAUCCAGGAGGUCUCACAAAGAUGCUGGUUACGUGAGAUCAGACAGCGUCCGUUAGUUGCCGACAUUGCGGACUUCUUCUGGUUGCGGACAGACAUCAAGGAGACUACGAAAAAGUUUCUGUCGAACCUUGCAGUGAACAUAAUCCCACAAACAGUACUCACGAAGUGUAGCCACUACGCCGAUGAUUUCAGCCACCCCAGUUCAACUUUGGAAUGUAAGUGGUUGCAGGAGUCAGGUAUAACCGAGGUCGCGGUCAAGACAAUGUCGGAUAAUGUUGACAGUCAAAGUGAUUUGGACAAGAUACACAGUAGGAUCCGCCGUGAAAUAUACGUUAUGGAAAGGUUAAGGCGCGAGACCAUCCUCCCCCUUUAUGGAAUAACAACUGGUUUCGGAGUUCUCCCCUCCUUUGUAUAUCCAUGGAUGGCAGGCGGUUCGUUGCAUGACUACCUGAAACGAGAUAAUUCCAAUUUAAAUGCGCGUCGGAAGCUCGAUAUACUGGUUCAGGUCGCGGAUGGUAUCAAGUAUCUGCAUAAGCAGGACAUUGCGCAUGGCAAUCUAACGGGUGACGUCAUUUUCCUUGACGCUUCAGGUCGCGUGCGCAUUGCAGAAUUCAGUCACUCGGUGAUCCUGGCUGAAGCCAAUAGUCGAAUAUUCAGCGAGCAGCUCC